CGCGGGGCCUAAUGGUAUUAAGCUAAAUAAUUUGCAAGGCUUGCGACUUUAAAAACAGUGCCAAAAUCACAUUUUCUGGAGCUUUGACAUAAGAGACGGUUUUGCAUGUACAGUGGUCAUAUUGUGAUGCUAUCAUUAUGAAAUUGUUAGAGAGGCCCUUUCACUGCCCAGCUCCAGCAAUCGGUUAUUGAAACUGCUUUGAGGGAAACAAUUAAAUGAGAGAUGGAGGAGAAAGAUGAUCUGUCAAAUGGGACGCGAAGCCAGGCUGAUGCGUCAACAAAUAAAGACCAACCAGGGGGAUUUUUCUUCAAUGACAUGGCCCUUACGAUGCCUGCUCCCGAACCACUCAGCAGCAGUAAAUCUCCUGUUCAGUGCUCCCUUGAAAACUUCAAAUUUACGUCGCUCAUAGUACCAGCUACAAGUUCAUCGAGUGUGUCGCAAUUGACCUAUGGCAAUCAGUCCGUUUCAUUAGACCCCAUAAAUUCCAAUGCAGCAAUGGGUGUCUUGAGAUCAACUGAAAUUGUGAUGCAACCAGGGACAUCAAGUGUUCAGUCCCCUCUUGGACCAAGCUCAAGUACCAUUUUACCACUUGUUGGGAGUGUCAAGUACACAGAGGCAGCCCCUGUUGCAACUGGAGCUUUUGCUGCUACUGCUGCCACAAAUGAUGGGCAGAAGAAAGGAGGAUUUCAACUUGAUACAAGUCGGAUCCACACAACGGCCAUGACUGAUCAGUCUUCAGAGCUUGCUGCCCUUGGGUUGGAUGUUUUCAAUGCAGACCAAUUUGAACAGGGUGUUAUGGCCCAGGUGGACCAACAUAUAGCAGCAGAAGAAAAGGAAAGGAGAGACAAAAUCCUGAAUAAAGAACUGAAAACGGUCACUGAAGAUAUCAACACUGUGAAAGUGGAGUUGAUGAACAUCGACAAGGUGGUUGGUAUGAUGAAACCAAAACCAGGGGACCAAAACAAGGAAAUAUUGAGGAAGAUGGAGGCUAUCAAGAGGCAGAAGGAGAAUAAGUUGAAGCAGCUGAAGAAGUUGAAAGCCAAGCAAAAGUCGUUGAAGAAGAAAGUCUAUGGGAAUCAAGAUAAUUUGGAUGAUGAUGAUGCUCUUUUUGAUGAGGGAGACACACUUGCACUGGAACAAGCCUUAGGAUUGUCGCUUCAGAAUGAGACUGAACAUGAGCGCAUGAUCAGAACUGGUGAGAUGACUCCAUUUGGGACCGUCGUCAAGAAACCAGAGAAACCCAAGUCAAGUAUCAGACUAAGCACAUCGGAACCAACAGACUUUGAAAAAUUCCUCAUGGGACAAGGUUCAAAAGUUAAAGAGAAAACCCCCGUGAAAGCAAAGAAGUCAACAUCCUCUGACAUUACCAAAAUGAGAAAGAACAGCUCUGAACCCAAUCUUGAGAAAUUGAAAAAACAUGUCAAGAAAAUGGAUGACGCAGAUAUUGCAAGGGAGAAAAGACUUAUAGACAUUGCAAAAGGACGUAAAAAAGAGCACAAAAGGAAAAAUUCACCAGAACGAGAAUAUUCUCCAAAGAGGAGGAAUUCUGCCGAGGAUGAAUUGCAGACUCAAAGACGGAAGAAAAACUUCUUUGAUGCUAAAGAUGGCCGUUCUUACAGAACGGAAGCUGAUUUCAGUAAUUGGCAGAGUGGUAAGGCAAAGUAUCCCAGACUUGAGCAUGAAUGGACUGGGGAUGGAGAAGUGGACUGUGCGCAGGAGGAAGGAAGCGGGGAUGAGUAUCGGCCAUCGGGUGAUGAUUGCAUGGAGGAAUCUGAUGGUGACAGGAGUUUAGAUUGCACUCCAAUCCCAAGUAAAAGGUUAAAACAAAAAAGGAAAAAGAAAUCAACACUCCCGAAGGAAUUCCAUGGAAGUGGGAGUGAGGUGGAAGAAGUGGCGGAGGAGGAGGAUGAACGACCAACCUUGGGGGAGAUCAGAAGGCAAUACACCAAGGCUAAUAAACGUGACAAAGAUGAUGGGGAAGAGGGUGCUUACGAGAAAAGGUUGGGUCAAUUUCAAAAGGAGGAAUUGAAAAAGAAAAGGAAGAAGAUAAUUGCUGGUGAGGAUGCCGACUCUGAAGAGGUGUCAGAAUCUGAGUUUGAUGACGGGUUCAAGGUACCACCCAAGAUAUGGAACAGGUUGUACCGAUACCAGAAGACAUGUGUUAGAUGGCUGUGGGAGUUGCAUUGUCAGGAUGCUGGCGGUAUCGUUGGAGAUGAGAUGGGUAUGGGAAAGACAAUACAGAUGAUCGCAUUCUUAGCUGGACUGUCGGUCAGCAAACUCAGAGAUAAAAAUGCAGGUUAUGUUGGAUGUGGCCCUGUGAUCAUCGUCUGCCCGACCACAGUCAUGCACCAGUGGGUGAAGGAGUUCCACAUCUGGUGGCCACCGUUCAGGGUAGCAGUUCUACAUUCAUCAGGGUCGUUUUCAUCAUCAGAGGCCGAGCUUGUGAAAGACAUCGUCAAGAAGCAUGGCGUGCUGAUCACAUCAUAUGGCAGCAUGUUGGUCCAUCAGGACAUCAUCCUUAGGUACAACUGGCACUACGUUGUGCUCGACGAGGGACACAAGAUACGCAACCCUGAUGCACAGGUCACACUAGCGUGUAAACAGUUCCGUACUCCCCACCGUUUCAUUCUUUCUGGAUCGCCACUGCAGAACAACCUGAAGGAACUCUGGUCCCUGUUUGACUUUGUCUUCCCAGGGAAACUGAGUACUCUGCCUGAGUUCAUGUCCCACUUCUCCAUCCCUAUCACUCAAGGAGGAUACUCCAAUGCCACCCAGGUCCAGGUGCAGACAGCAUACAAGUGUGCCUGUGUCUUGCGAGAUACAAUCAACCCCUACCUUCUCAGGAGAAUGAAGGCUGAUGUUCAGUCCAAUCUGAAUCUGCCCAAAAAAAGUGAACAGGUACUGUUCUGUCGUCUGACAGAAGACCAGAAGGAAGUUUAUAAAGAGUACAUUGACUCUAGAGAAUGUCAACAGAUUCUUGCUGGAAACUUCAUGGUUUUCCCAGGACUGAUCACCCUCAGAAAGAUUUGUAACCAUCCAGAUCUCUGCACUGGAGGGCCAAAGAACUUCAACUUCGAUAAGACGUUCGAUGACUCUGAUCCAUCAACACACUUUGGUUACUGGAAGAGAUCUGGGAAGAUGAUAGUGGUCAAGUCAUUGCUCAAGAUAUGGAAGCAGCAGGGACAGAGGGUCCUACUCUUCUCUCAGAGUAAACAGAUGUUGGACAUCCUGGAGGCGUUCAUCCAACGUGAAGGAUAUUCGUACAUGAGAAUGGAUGGUGGUACACCCAUCGGAUCAAGGCAGUCUCUGAUCAACCAUUACAAUAAUACGCUGUCCAUGUUCAUUUUCCUCUUGACCACACGCGUCGGUGGCCUCGGAGUCAACCUGACUGGUGCUAACAGGGUCAUUAUCUUUGACCCUGACUGGAACCCGAGUACAGAUACUCAAGCUCGUGAACGGGCGUGGAGAAUUGGCCAGACAAAACAGGUCACCAUAUAUCGUCUGCUUACGACUGGAACUAUUGAGGAAAAGAUUUAUCACAGACAAAUCUUCAAGCAGUUCCUGGCCAAUCGCGUCCUCAAGGAUCCAAAACAAAGACGAUUCUUCAAGUCUAACGAUCUGUACGAACUCUUCACUCUCGGCUCGCAGGAAAAUCGCCACGGGACGGAAACUCACGCCAUCUUCGCUGGUACUGGAUCGAACAUUGAUAUCAAGCCCAUGGCUAAAAAGGAGAGUGUUGAAAAGUCAGAGCCAGAGAAAACAAACCGGUUUGAUCUGAUGCGUGCACGGCAGCCCAAGGUCAAAGAAGAAGUGGUUUCUGAUGAGGAAGGAGAAAGUGUGACCAGUAUAAAAAGAUCCGUGAAGGGAAAAUAUGCAUAUAAGUCGGCUGCCAAUGGCAGGUCCAAGUCUCAAGACAAUAAUGAUACAAGUGGUGAGAAAAAACUUCCCUCUUUCAAAAUUAAGAAAUUAAAAGAUAAAGAUGGUGCUACAGGUGAUGAUGAUGAAUAUGAUGAUGAUGACAUGCCUAAGAUAACGUCUAACAAGUUGUCAUGGAUGAAAGAAUUGGCAAAGAAACUUAGUCAGAAAAUAUCAAAGGGCGAGACUCCUGCAACAGACAAUAGAGAAAGUCCUAAACCUAGUUCAGAUGGUGACUCAGUGACAUCUAGUGCUCAAAUACAGCUUCUAGAACCAAAUAGGGACUCCCCUCGGCCUGGUAUGAGUACAUGUAGAGACUCCCCAAAGCCUGGCAAAGAGAAAGAUGGGAGUCGAAGGGGUUAUGAGCGGAAGGAUCACAAGGAACAAAGUCGGAGCAGAAAGGAGAGAGAUGGCAGCCGUAAACAUAGUGAUCACAAGGAAAGGGAACACAGAAAGAAUAAGAAGCGAAGACACAGAGAUGCAGAGUUUGAGGGCGAGAAGAUCGACCAUCUUGUCAGUCUUGAUGAAUGGAAGCAGGAGAAAGAAGAAGAUGCUGAGGAGAAGAACAAAGAAGAAAACGAUUUUGUCCUAUCAACUCUAUUCAAAAAAUCUGGAGUGCACAGUGCCAUGCAGCAUGACGUCAUCAUGGGCUCGUCCAAUCCUGACUAUGCCUUGGUGGAGGGCGAGGCAGAACGUGUAGCCAAGGAAGCAGCAAAAGCACUGAAGGUCUCUAAAGGUUUGCUCAAAGGAGCUGCAAGGUCAGGAAUCCCAACAUGGACAGGACAGUCGGGGCUGAUUGGACUGCCAAAGCCAAAACCACGAUUUGGACAGAAGAAAAACUCUCUCCUUCUGCCUAGUUUUACCCCAGAAAAACAAGAUGAGCCAAAAGAACAAUCAAGCACAGACAAUACCCUCUUCAACGGGGAAUACUCAGGUCUUACCAAGUCGGCCACGUUUUCAUCCAGCCCCAAGAAGUCGUCCUUUAACUCUGGCCAACUACUUCAGCGCAUGCUUCAGCGCAACUACGGGACAAAAUCUGGGAGUGAUAGUGAUCAUGGUGAAGAAGGUGAGCCCCCAGUGCUCCCGACUCUUGUGACAGAACACACACAGCUUAUCACAGACAUGAGAAACUUCAUCGCAUUCCAAGCUAGUAACAGUUUCCAUGCCACAACUAGAGAACUUUUGGAUGAGUUUGGCCACCGUCUGCCACCACAGGAUUCAGCCAAAUUCAAAGCUAUGCUUCACCAGAUAUGCACAUUUGAGAAACAGAACAAUAUUGGUGUAUGGUCUCUCAAGCCAGAAUUCAGAUGAUUUGAUUGAAUUUGUGAAUGAUAUUGCACUAGUAGUGUAGCUUGCAUUUGAAUGACUGGUAGCUAUUUUCAGGUACACAUUCACAUUGCUCACAUAAGAAUUGGACUUGCUGAUUUCUACAUGUAUUUCUUUUUACUAUCCCUAGUGGUGUAUACCUUCUGUACCAAAUAAUUAAUGUACUGUAACCUUAAAAUGUUUUGAGGACAUUUUGAUGUGUAGUCUUGUUUACUCAGGAAUAAAGAC